GGAGCACAGAAUAACAGAUGUCCAGAUAAGAAAAAGAUUAAAAAAAUCAAACAUUUACUAAAAAACCUCUUGGGUAAAAUAAAAUGACUUCCAGAAAGAAAAUUCAGGCUACAUGGCUUCCGAAGCCUGUUUGGUACAAUUUUCCUAUGACUAAAGGCCUCUAUCAUCACCGAAAAGCAGUUGGAAUCAUAUUAGCUGCCAACAGUAAAAUGGAAUGCGUUUUCAUGAGUCAGAGUCUUCGCCAAGUGCAAGUGCGUCUACUCAACGAUGACAGUUCAACAGAGGGCAAUUUUUAUAUUCAAAAUUCCCCACCAGGACGAGCAUCAACUGUCAGUAUUGACUCUGUAAGUGUUCCAUUCAUAGAUUGUGAGUACCUUGAAAAUCCUCCUAAAGAUAAUCGAGAAAUCAGCAUAAGCUAUCCAUCGGGUUCAAAAAUUCUUCCCAUCUUUCGUUUUGGUGACAAUUUAGAGGAUUUCUUCAAACUCUGGGAUACCCAAGAUGCAGAAUUUGCUUACGUAGAAUCAGAUUACUUCGGUCUCCUUAUACCGAAAGUGGACAAAGAGACUGCGAGAAAGUUACCUGACGACAAAAAUCUCAAUCAGUUAAUUAUUUUCUACGACCUUAUAUUUACUACCUACAGUGACUUUGAUAGGGUUGUCAUUUGAGGAAACUGGCACCAAUCAAAACGUAAGAAACAGGUUUUUUCUGAAAGCUGACAAAAGUGGAGCUGGGUUAGCGUAUUACACUCACGAGUUUACGGCUGUGAACUCAGGAUCAAUGAAAUCCUUCUGGCUGGAUAUCAAUACAACAAACUGGGGGGCGUUGCAUGAAAUUGCACAUGGACACGAACUGACAGGUAUAGGUGAUGAAACAUUAUCUGUUACUGAAGUAUGGAACAACAUUUUAUGCUUCUUUUAUCAAGCCAUUGCGUUUGGUAAGAAUAUGUCAUGGGAAGGUUCAAAACAAAGGGAAAUGGACCUUACUGAAAUACUCAGAAAGGGAAACGAAGUUGAAAAAUGGGAUUUAAUACCGAAAUUAUCAUUUUUAACGCACAUGUUUUUUAAAGUUGGUCGGAAAUCUAUUACACGUUUCUACGAACUUAAUCGCGAAGAAUUUGAUGGCCGUCCUUUUUAUGCCAGUGGAACAUUUUUAAUAGAAAAACUGAUGCACUUCUUUGCAGUUGAGUUUGCUGUUGAUGUUCAUCCCUUUAUGAAACUGGUAAAAGCAGUAAUACAAGAAGAAGAGCUGUAUGAACAUUACUAUGUUUUAUCCAGUGUCGCCUAUCCUCUGAACUACAUCAUAAGCGAUGCCAAGGAAAUGCAAAAUGUUUAUAACAAUUUGGGUCUACUGCACUUGACUAGUUUAGUUACACCAUCGGAUUUGAGUUCCACUGAACUGAAAAAUGAUUUCACUGUUAACAUAGAUAACCAAAUAUUUGGUGUCUUGUCCGGCAAUACACUAAAACUGAUGGAUGGAUCUCAAACUGUAACCGAGCAAACAAUACUGAGUCAAAAUAUUACUUUUAAGGAUGUACCUAUAGGAGUAUACAAGAUUUUUAUUGAGCCAAAUACUAAGAAUGCAAAACUUGCCUAUAAUGAUUUUUAUGGCAUAGUUCAUGCCAAUAAACCUAAUAAACUACUCCUUUCAGCUAAGGAAAUGAAGAAACCGUCACUUCCAACUGACAAAAUUAAAUUUCUUGCUUACAAAGAGGAAGAAUUCGCAACUCUCACAGCAAAUCCUUUAAAAAAAUUACUAAAGUUUAGAUUUUACAAAGCGUACCCCAACGGUUUUUUUAAAUCCCAAAUUUACGUAAGUAUAGUUGUAAAGAAUCAGAAAAACGAAGUUAUUUUUAGCAAAGUUAUAGAGGGCACUAGUAGUGACACUGGAUCUUUCGACAUACCUAUGGAAGGAGAGAUGCAAAUUGAAAUAUUUCACACGGAAACACCAACACACCUAAAAUUUGAUGAUCCAAUGAUGGAUAAUAAUAAGUAAUAUAAGAUCGUAAUAGUUUGACAAACUAUUUCACUGCAAAUGAACAAGGCUUUCAAAACAAAUACAAGAGUUCACCGAAAGAUUUGUUAGAAAAGAAUUUCUUGAAGAAGAUUGAAUUUAAAGCAAGUAAAAUGAAAAGUAAGAUGUCCUUGUAUGUAAGACCUCAUUGCCAGCCCAAAUAUAACAUACUUUUAGCUGUGGAAGCUUUUGAACGUUUGUUCAGGAAUAACAGCGUCGAUAAAAGCUUGAGAAAUCAUCAUAAAGAUUGUUUGCCAUCCCCUUAAAAUAACGGCCCUGAAGUAAAAAAUACGAAUGAUCAUUAAAACAAAGUUUUUGCAAUUUUUAUAUUAGAAAAUAUUUAAUUUAUUAUUUAAUUUUUUUUAAAACUUCAAAAAGAUAUAAAUAAAACUUUCAAGAGAAGGAGACAAGGCGGAACGGAAAAGCAUGUCUUAAAGCGACCUUACAGAUCUCGAAAAAAGUAGAAGACAUCUAAUUUCGAUUUUGAAUUGAAUUCCAUUAUUCCUAUUUCCCUUCAGUAUUCUUUUGUAAACGUAUAAGCAAUAUCGAUCAACUCGAAGCAUUGCGUAAUUAUCAUGAUGAAUAAUUUUUUUUUUAUUCAAAUGAUAUUUUAUAUCUUUAUGCAACUAGUUACAAAAAUAAUUACUAAACGUCACAAAAUUAACAAUGAAUCUAUAUGAAACUUAGGACAAGGAAUAAGAUAUAUCUUAAUGUUCUUGUACCUUGAACUGUAUGUACCUUUCUUAUGUUUUUGUACCUUAAAUAUUUUUAAUUUGUUUCAUUAUAAGUUUCACGAUGAUAAUUUAAUAUAUGCUAUUUAUGAGCUGAUUUGUUACUUUUUUUAUCUUUAUCCAUUGCAAUUUAUAUUUUUUAAAAAAACUCUAUCAAUUAAAGUUCCUAAUAAUGUGAAGUUUUUUAAUAUUUUUAUUAUUGUUUUUAUACAAUUGAAAUUUUCUUCCUAUAACACAAUUUAUAUUCUUCAAGAUCUUAAUUUCUACGUUUUCUUCAAUAAUGAGAUAAAAUAUUAAAAUUGAAAUAUAAACUCUGAUAUAUUUUUUGAAACUAUUUGUGAUAGAGCUUGUAUACUUCCAAAUGCUCAAUUGAUAAUUUAUGCAAAUUACAAAACAUUUUGUGUGAAAAUUUUGAAGUCU